GUGACCGAGCAGAAGUCACUCUCCUCUCGCUCGACUUGACGCGACAGGCAGCCAGCCAGCAAGUCAACCAGGCCAGCAAAGAUAUAUAGUUAGUAGCAGAGACACUCCUCUAUCGUAGAUGUAUUCUAUAUGCUCUGGAAAAAGCAGAGUCGAGCUGUGUCGUUUCGGCAGAUCCGGCUUUUGAAGUAAAGUGAAACGUAGUCGUCUUAAUUUAUUCAGUGCUUUCGUGUUAUUUAUAAAACAUUUUUCGUUGAUAUUAUCUCUUGUGGAUUUAUAAACGUUCAUUGUGUCAUGUGUUAUGAACUUAGGUUUUGAAUGGGUGAUUGAAAUAUGAAUGUUUGAAAACUUCUGUGAUUGGUGUAAGGAGCGUGAGGAUAUAAUUUUUGUUGCAUAUUUUUUAGUUUUUAUUAGAAACAAAACAUCGCUUAAGACACAAACACCAUCUUAAAAACCUGAAGUAAAGGAAAAUCUACAAGUACUAAAAUCUUCCAUUUCUAUGUGAUUGUUACACGUUUGUGGUUUUUAUAUCGAAGAAGAAAAAAAGAGAAGCAAAUAAUAAAGAAAGAAAAUUCUGUGAAACAACAACUGAGAGUGCCGGGCUCGGAAACGUGAUAAAGAGAGAAAAUAUCUUUCAUUCCAGAGCUGUUUCAAGCAGACUUGCUCCACGGGAAGAAACAGUGAACGGAAUAGCAGAAAAUCAACUCAGUGACUUGUUUCUUUAAUCAAAACUCCUUCGUUCAGUCAGCUCGUGGACGGUAAGAGGAAGAAGCGACGGUAGUAAUAUUAACAACAAUAACACGGUUCAAGUUGGAACACUUGCCUUCAGUUGGAUUUUCUUUCGGUUGAAAAUCGAAGCACUCCUCCACUACCGGCAAGAUGGCAGAUGAUUUGCGAGAUCGUAACGAUCCGGAGUUGAAGUACCUUUCGGUCGAGCGAAACUCCUUCAACGAUCCGGCCACGCAAGCCGAGUGGACACAGAAGCGGCUGGUUUGGGUGCCGCACGAAACACAGGGCUUUGUCGCAGCCAGCAUCAAAGGAGAACGAGGCGAUGAGGUGGAGGUGGAGCUGGCCGAAACCGGCAAGCGCAUCCUUGUGCUCAAGGAUGACAUUCAAAAGAUGAACCCGCCAAAAUUCGACAAGGUCGAGGAUAUGGCCGAGCUCACCUGUCUGAACGAAGCGUCCGUGCUGCACAACAUCAAGGAUCGAUACUACUCCGGAUUGAUCUAUACAUAUUCCGGCCUGUUCUGCGUGGUGGUCAAUCCGUACAAAAAAUUACCCAUCUAUACCGAGAAGAUUAUGGAAAAGUAUAAAGGCAUCAAACGGCAUGAGGUGCCGCCACAUGUAUUCGCAAUCACAGACACCGCGUACAGAUCGAUGCUGCAAGACCGCGAAGACCAGUCCAUCCUGUGUACCGGUGAGUCGGGCGCUGGCAAGACCGAGAACACAAAAAAGGUGAUACAGUAUUUGGCGUACGUGGCCGCAUCAAAACCGAAGGGAUCCGUAGCGGCACCAUCACCAGCACUUAUUAUCGGAGAACUAGAACAACAGCUGCUACAGGCAAACCCGAUCCUGGAAGCCUUCGGUAAUGCCAAAACCGUUAAGAACGAUAAUUCGUCACGUUUUGGUAAAUUCAUUCGGAUAAACUUCGACGCCUCCGGGUACAUUUCCGGUGCCAACAUCGAAACGUAUUUGCUGGAGAAAUCCCGUGCCAUUCGCCAAGCGAAAGAUGAACGUACAUUCCACAUAUUCUACCAGCUGCUGGCGGGAGCUUCGCCCGAGCAGCGCGACAAAUUCAUCCUGGACGAUAUGAAAACGUAUCCGUUCCUGUCGAACGGAAACCUGCCGGUGCCCGGCGUGGACGAUCAUAUGGAAUUUCAGGCCACUGUCAAGAGUAUGCACAUUAUGGGCAUGACAGAGGACGAUUUCAAUUCGAUCUUCCGUAUCGUUAGCGCGGUGCUGCUGUUUGGUUCGAUGAAAUUCAAACAGGAGCGCAGCUCCGAUCAGGCCACCCUGCCGGAUAACACUGUCGCACAAAAGAUCGCUCACCUGUUGGGGCUGAGUGUUACGGAUAUGACCAAGGCAUUCCUGACACCGCGAAUCAAGGUGGGCCGGGACUUUGUCACCAAGGCACAAACGAAGGAGCAAGUCGAGUUUGCAGUGGAAGCCAUCGCUAAGGCUUGCUACGAAAAGAUGUUCAAGUGGUUGGUGAAUCGAAUCAACCGAUCGUUGGAUAGAACCAAACGUCAGGGAGCUUCCUUUAUCGGUAUUCUUGAUAUGGCUGGUUUUGAAAUCUUCGAACUGAACUCGUUCGAACAAUUGUGCAUUAACUACACGAACGAAAAGUUGCAACAGUUGUUUAAUCACACUAUGUUCAUUCUUGAGCAAGAGGAAUAUCAGCGGGAAGGUAUUGAGUGGAAGUUUAUCGAUUUCGGACUUGAUCUGCAGCCCACUAUUGACCUGAUUGAUAAGCCGGGUGGUAUCAUGGCACUGUUGGACGAAGAAUGCUGGUUCCCUAAAGCAACCGAUAAAACAUUCGUAGAGAAGUUAGCAACAGCUCACACAAUGCAUCCUAAAUUUAUGAAGACCGAUUUCCGUGGCGUUGCUGAUUUUGCCGUGGUACACUAUGCGGGCAAAGUCGAUUACUCAGCAACGAAGUGGUUGAUGAAGAACAUGGAUCCGUUGAACGAAAACAUCGUAUCGCUGCUGCAGGGAUCGCAAGAUCCGUUUGUGGUUCAAAUCUGGAAGGAUGCCGAGAUUGUCGGAAUGGCUCAGCAAGCUCUGACUGAUACUCAGUUUGGCGCCAGGACACGCAAAGGUAUGUUCCGAACCGUGUCCCAUCUGUACAAGGAACAGCUGGCCAAACUGAUGGAUACGCUACGCAAUACCAAUCCGAACUUUGUUCGGUGUAUCAUUCCGAAUCACGAAAAGCGUGCAGGAAAAAUCGAUGCUCCGCUUGUUUUGGAUCAACUCCGGUGUAACGGUGUUCUCGAAGGUAUUCGUAUUUGUCGACAAGGUUUCCCAAAUCGUAUUCCCUUCCAAGAGUUCCGUCAGCGCUACGAAUUGCUCACUCCGAAUGUCAUCCCGAAAGGUUUCAUGGACGGUAAGAGGGCUUGCGAGCAGAUGAUUAAAGCCCUCGAACUGGACAACAAUUUGUAUCGGAUAGGACAGUCGAAGAUAUUCUUCCGCGCUGGAGUGCUAGCUCACCUCGAAGAGGAGCGUGAUUACAAAAUCACUGAUUUGAUUGUAAACUUCCAAGCAUACUGCCGAGGUUUCCUGGCCCGUCGUAACUACCAGAAACGUCUACAGCAGCUGAAUGCCAUUCGUAUCAUUCAAAGAAACUGUGCUGCCUAUCUGAAACUGCGCAAUUGGCAGUGGUGGAGAUUGUAUACCAAGGUCAAACCACUGCUCGAAGUUACCAAACAGGAGGAAAAACUUGUGCAGAAAGAAGACGAACUGCGCCAGAUUCGCGAUAAGUUGGAUAACUUAUCCAAGAGCUCCCAGGAAUACGAAAAGAAAUUCCAGGUAGUGCUGGAGGAAAAAACACAUUUGGCCGAGCAACUGCAAGCCGAAAUCGAAUUGUGUGCCGAGGCAGAAGAAGGCCGAGCUCGCUUAGCCGCCCGUAAACAAGAACUGGAAGAGCUAAUGCAAGAUCUGGAAGCUCGCAUCGAAGAGGAAGAAGAACGCGUCAAUGCCUUAACCAGCGAAAAGAAGAAGCUCCAAAUUAACAUCCAGGACUUGGAGGAACAACUCGAGGAAGAGGAAGCUGCCCGUCAAAAGUUGCAACUCGAAAAAGUUCAGCUGGACGGAAAACUAAAAAAGAUGGAAGAAGACAUCGCCCUAACCGAGGACCAGAAUUCGAAGCUUCUCAAGGAGAAGAAAAUUCUCGAAGAACGUGCCAACGACUUAUCGCAAACUCUUGCCGAAGAAGAAGAGAAAGCCAAACAUCUCGCCAAGCUGAAAGCGAAACAUGAGUCUACCAUCGCCGAACUGGAGGAACGCUUGCUCAAGGACCACCAGCAGCGUCAAGAAUCGGACCGCUCGAAGCGAAAAAUCGAAACCGAAGUCGCCGAUUUGAAGGAGCAGAUCAACGAGCGCGGUAUGCAAAUCGAAGAAAUGCGCCAGGCAUUGUUCAAACGCGAGGAGGAACUUGCUCAGGCCCUGGUACGUGUCGAUGAAGAAUCGGCCGCAAAGGCUGGCGCCCAGAAAGUACAGCGUGAGUUGGAGUCCCAGCUGGCGGAGAUACAGGAGGACUUGGAAGCGGAGAAGCUGGCUCGUUCGAAGGCCGAAAAACAGAAGCGCGAUUUGAACGAAGAACUGGAAGCACUCAAGAAUGAGCUACUGGACUCGUUGGACACCACUGCCGCUCAACAAGAGUUGCGCUCCAAGCGCGAGCAAGAGGUUGCCACACUGAAGAAAACCUUGGAAGAUGAAGCCGCCAAUCAUGAAGGUCUAAUGUCCGACACACGCCAUAAACACGCUCAGGAGCUUUCGUCUAUCAACGAGCAGAUGGAAAAUAUGAAAAAACUAAAGGCCAGCCUGGAGAAGGCGAAGCAAACCUUGGAAGCGGAGAACGCCGAUUUGGCUACCGAUUUGCGAAACGUAAACCAGUCGCGACAGGAAAACGAUCGCCGUCGGAAGCAAGCGGAAUCACAGGUUGCCGAACUGCAGGUUAAACUGGCCGAAGUAGAUCGUGCACGGGUCGAACUACAGGAGAAAGUUAGCAAGCUGCAGCAGGAGACCGAUGUUAUCACCCAGCAGUUGGACACAGCCGAGCUCAAGGCCUCCGCUGCUAUCAAGAGUGCUAGUAACAUGGAGAGUCAGCUAACGGAAGCCCAACAGUUGCUGGAGGAGGAAACCCGCCAGAAGUUGGCUCUUAGCUCCAAACUGCGACAGUUGGAGAGCGAAAAGGAGGCACUCCAGGAACAGCUGGAAGAGGACGAAGAGGCAAAGAAGAACUACGAAAAGAAGUUGGCCGAAUUGAACUUCACCAUUCAGGAUAUGAAGAAACGUUCAGAGGAAGAUUCUGACCUUGCUAAGGAGCUUGAAGAGUCCAAGAAAAAGAUGAACAAAGACCUCGAAGUUCUUCAGCGGCAGAUUCAGGAGCUGCAAGCCACGAACGAUCGCUUGGACAAGAGCAAAAAGAAGAUCCAGUCUGAGUUGGAAGAUGCUACCAUCGAAUUGGAAACCCAACGCACCAAGGUACUUGAGCUGGAGAAGAAACAGAAGAAUUUCGAUAAGGUGUUGGCCGAGGAGAAAGCAGUCAGCGAACAGCAUGCCCAGGAACGGGAUGCAGCCGAACGGGAAGCCCGUGAAAAGGAAACCAAGGUUCUAUCGCUGACGAGAGAGCUGGACGAAGCGUACGAAAAGAUUGACGAUCUGGAAGUCAAACGCAAAGCCCUGCAAAACGAGCUAGAUGAGUUGGCUAAUACACAGGGUACAGCCGACAAGAAUGUUCAUGAGCUGGAAAAAGCUAAGCGUGCUCUGGAAAGUCAGCUGGCUGAAUUGAAGGCACAAAAUGAGGAACUGGAAGACGACCUGCAGCUCACGGAAGACGCCAAGCUACGGCUGGAGGUUAACAUGCAAGCUCUGCGUGCACAGUUUGAGCGAGAUGUUCAAGCAAAAGAAGAACAAUCGGAAGAGAAACGGCGAGGUUUGGUUAAGGCUCUCCGAGACUUGGAAACCGAAUUGGACGAAGAGCGCAAACAGCGAGCGGCUGCCGGUGCAGCUAAGAAGAAACUCGAAGGUGACCUUAAGGACAUUGAGGCGACUCUAGAAAUGAACAACAAAAUCAAGGAAGAUGCUCUUAAACAGGCCAAGAAGCUACAAGCGCAAGUAAAAGAUGCCAUUCGGGAUGCAGAGGAAGCUAAAGCCGCUAAGGAGGAGUUGGCUGCAGUCAGUAAAGAAUCAGAGCGUAAAGUAAAGGCUUUGGAAGCCGAAGUAAUGCAACUGUCGGAAGACUUUGCUAGCUCAGAACGUGCCAGACGAGCGGCAGAAGCCGAACGCGAUGAAUUGUUGGAAGAAAUCAACUCCAACUCAAACAAGGGUUCACUGAUGAUAGACGAAAAGCGACGGCUAGAGUUACGAAUCGCCGGCUUGGAAGAGGAACUUGAAGACGAACAAUCUCAGAACGAACUGCAUGUCGACCGGCUCCGUAAGGCACAACUACAGAUCGAUCAGCUGUCGACCGAGCUGCAGGCUGAAAAGGGCAACUCCCAGAAAUACGAGAACGUUAAAACAGGUCUCGAACGUCAGAACAAGGAACUGAGAGCUAAACUAUCGGAACUAGAAACUGCACAGCGCACGAAGGUGAAAGCAGCCAUGGCAAGUUUGGAGGGUAAAAUUGUCAACCUUGAGGAGCAGUUGGAAAAUGAAGCCAAGGAAAGGCUUGCGGUUCAAAAGUCCAACCGCAAGCUCGAAAAGAAGAUCAAGGAGCUUACAAUGAACAUCGAAGAUGAGCGAAGACACGCUGAUCAGUACAAAGAGCAGAUCGAAAAGAUGAACAACCGCAUGAAGAUUCUGAAACGAAACUUGGAUGAGGCGGAAGAGGAAAUACAGAAGGAAAAGACUCAGAAACGCAAGGCGCUGCGUGACUACGAAGACAUGAUCGAAAGCCAUGAUGCGCUUUCGCGUGAAGUUAAUUCGCUCAAGACAAAAAUUAGACGCGGCGGCAUCGGUGUAAGUUCAUCCAGAUUGACCACGCCGAAGCGCGAGAAUGACUCCAUCGUCCAGGAUGAAUCACUCGAUGGCGAAGACAACAGUAACUGACCGACGAUCACGUCUUCCAAAUAUCUAUCCAACUACUACUAGUGAAGUGAGUGGUCAACAGGGGAAUUACAGGAGUGCGUAAUUAAACGACGAAUCAUUUUUGGAAUUGUUUUAGUCAGAAUAGGCCAGCCGUCAAAGCAAGCAAGCAGCAGCAGCAGCAGUAGCAGCAGAAUCGCGCGAAAUGAGCGAACGAGAACGAGUGUCGUUUUUAUCUAAAAAAAAUCAAUAAAAUCAACAAAAAACUUUACGUGAAUGUGUGAAUGAACAACCGAUUCGAUGACGCGAAUAAAACCUUCAUUGUUGUAAUAAAGCUUUCCUAUGCUUCGCAUCCUGGUUACGAAAUGUGAAGUGAAGCACAGAAAAGUUUUCCGUUUUCCCCUAUUUGCAUAUAUUUAGAAUCAAGAUAUGAAAUAGCAGUCGGAUUGUAGAAGCUCCCACAAAUGAGUAGGUUGAAAAGUGCAGCAAAAAACCCGUAUUUAGUGAAUAAGUGAAUAACAAUUUCCUGAGUUAAAAAAAAGUAAGAAAAUAAUAAAUGAACAGGAAAUCAACAAAUAAGCAAACUCCAACUACCAGUUCACAAACACACACUCUAACCUACUACAGCAUGUAUCAAAUCUACGUUCAUUGAGCCACACAAAGCAAUGUUAGUAUUCGAAUAAAACAGAAUUAAAGCUGAUGAGAAGAUGAUGAAGCUCGAAGACGGCGAGCGAGACGGACGAGUAGGACUAAAAUAAAUACAUUUUUAGCAAAGUAGAAUGGAUGCAGGAUGUUUUUAUACUAUCAAAAUGCGAGAGGAAAAAUCAUAACAAAUAAACUGCGCAGCAUUUAGAUUCGUUUAUAUAUGUUACGAAAAUUUAUUGUUUUUAAUGAAUAUUAUUAAAAAAUCCAUUCUUCACUUUUUUUUGUCGUAAAUAUGAUUAAGUUUCAACAUAACUAUCCCACUCUCGUUUGAUUCCGAUUAAAAACUCUUCAGAAAAACACACAGACACAUGCAUACAUACACACGCAUUGCAAAAGUACGCCACAUUUCAAGAAAAUAAUUCCAUGUUUAGUUUGUUCAGAGGAAACGAAUCAAACAAGCGAAAAAAUCUGUAGCUGCCUAAGAAGUAAACUUCGCUUUUUUAUUAUAUACUAUUGAUUAACAAGAAGGGAAACCUCUAGUUGAAAUCAGAACCGUUGAAUAAAAAAAAUAUUGCUGAUAAAA